AUGAGCUCAAGUUUUGCUAGAGAUGACUCGCUAGGACAUGGGCCUGUUGAUAUUGCAAGAUACGCUGUCUGUGACCAGGAGUUUUGGGGACUGCAUGUCACUGAUUAUGGCAUGAUGAGCUUGGCCGCAUACUUCACCACAGUAGGAGAUCAGCAAGCUGUUGUUGAUACCUUCUUUCCUGGUCAAGGAAUGAAGGUCGUUCCUGCAAUGGAGGGCGAUGACCCGUUUUGGGUAGAGAUACAAGUUGACGACAACCUCACCGUUAUAGCCGUCAAAGGGACUGAUUUUUGGCGUGCUAGUGACUAUAAUGAGGAUAUACGCAUGUGGACAGAGCCAGUGGUGACGUCUCUGCUCAGCACCGUUUUCCCGACAGUCAAAAUCUGGUCACCCGGUACCACUGCUAUGGUAUUAGAUGCAGAGCAAGAGAUCCUCUCGGCCAUGGGUAUACCUCGAGCGGAUUAUAAGCUUACUAGAGUUAUCGAUUACGUGAAUUCAUCUGCAGAGCGGCUAUCAUCUAGAGACGUCGUGUUCACUGGUCAUUCCCUUGGGGGUGGUAUCGCCCUGGCCGCCGCGGCCUUGGUGAACAAGCCAGAAUGUAUCAAUCCAUCAGCAAACACCUAUAUCGGUAUGCACCCGAUAGGAGACAAGCCUUUCAGGCCACACACAACCAGUCGGUGA